AAAUCAUCCCCAAAACAAAACACAGCGGGUCUGAACAUUACCACAGGAGACAUGUGAUACGCAGCUAUAUGCAGCGUGUAGGAUUAUGGAUGUAGUUUGAUCAUUUUGACAAACGAUGGAUGAUGAAUGGGAAGAAGAGGAGCAGCUGGUCGUGGUGGAACUGGCUGGGACCCUGGGCAAUGAGUUUCUGACUAAGAACACAACCACUUGUAAAGUUCUUGAUAUUGACAGUGACAAUCCAUUCAUACAAGUAGGACAAUCCAACACAAAAGUCUUUGCUGGAGAAUAUGAAGAUGCUUUGGGGACUUGUAUGCUGUUUGAGGAGUUGCCACGGAAAGGAAAGGACUCUGGACCCGAGCUCAAGUACAUGUGCCACACUGUAAAGAAGCUUAUGAUGCAGCGCGUGUUUCUGACAGAGAAGAAAGAGGGAGAGACCAGCCAAGAAGGUACAGGAGAUAGUGGAGAACAGGAUGACACCACCAUCUUGUUAACUGAUGAUGAAGAGACUGGGGCACAGCUGGACAACACACACAACACUGUGGAUGUAGAGAACUCUCUGCAGGACUGAUGUCAGGAGUACUCACCAUAGUGCAUAUGGGACAUUCAGGUAGCUCAAAGCCAUGGGCGGACUGUUUUUUUUUACAUACAUGUGGAUUUAGCACUUUGGUCUUUUUCAUGUUUUGUAGUAAUAAAAUAAU